CCUGCGGACCCAGAGAGAGCCACGCCUCGGUCCCUCGAGCUGCUCGGGUGCGUGUCAGCCAGGCUGGGCACGGUGGCAGGGCCUGGCGCAUGGCAGUGGGGGGGUCGCGUGGCAUCCCCUCCCCAGCCACGAGAGACUCGCUGGAACUGGGGCCCGAGCUUCGGCUGGGCCACCUGGGCCCGAGUGCAGAGGCCAGGUGAGCAGAGGCCCUGGGUUCCGCCGGGGGCCACGGCGGCAGGUGAGCGGCCUUCUCGGACAGGGCCCGGGGGGGGCGUGCGCUGUCCGCUGCGGGUGUGGGUGCUGCUGGGUUCACUGGGCCUCCUCUUCCUCACCUCGCUGCUCUUCUCGCUCUCGCUGAGAGGCGGACCCGGCCUGCCGUACCUGGACCCGCCUGGGUGGGAGGAGUCGCGCAGGGUCAAGCUCGUGCCCAGCUACGCUGGCUCCCACAAACUGGUGUCCGCAGAAGCAGGGCAGCAGAGAACGUGCGCCUGUGUCCACUGCGUAGGAGACCCGGGCGUCUCCGACUGGUUCGAUGAGAACUACGACCCUGACAUCUCGCCUGUCUGGACGCGGGACAACAUCCAGCUGUCUGCAGACGUCUACUACUGGUGGGUGAUGCUGCAGCCUCAGUUUAAGCCCCACAGUAUCCAGCAAGUGCUGCUCCGGCUCUUCCAGGUGAUCCCGGGCCGGUCCCCCUACGGCUCUUGGGACCCUGCACGCUGCCUGCGCUGCGCUGUGGUGGGCAACUCGGGUAACCUCCGGGGGGCCGGCUACGGGCCGGUGAUCGACAGCCACGACUACAUCAUGAGGAUAAAUCUGGCCCCCACUGUGGGAUAUGAAGAGGAUGUGGGCAGUCAUACCACCCACCAUUUCAUGUAUCCUGAAAGUGCCAAGAACCUUGCUGCCAACGUCAGCUUUGUGCUGGUGCCCUUCAAGACUCUGGAUCUUCUCUGGAUCACCAGUGCCCUGUCCAAUGGCCAGAUUCGCUUCACCUACGCUCCCGUGAAGCAGUUCCUGCGUGUGGACAAGGACAAGGUGCAGAUCUUCAACCCGGCGUUCUUCAAGUACAUCCACGACCGCUGGACGCGGCAGCAUGGCCGGUAUCCCUCCACUGGCAUGCUGGUGCUGUUUUUCGCCCUGCACGUGUGUGACGAGGUGAACGUGUUCGGCUUCGGGGCGGACAGCCGUGGGAACUGGCAUCACUACUGGGAGCAAAACCGCUAUUCUGGGGAGUUUCGCAAGACCGGUGUCCACGACGCGGACUAUGAGGCCCAGAUCAUAGACCGGCUGGCCAAGGCCGGAAAGAUCACGGUCUUUCCCGGGAAGUGAAGAACCCAAGUGAGCCGGGGGCGUCGGCUAGCUGAUGAGUCACACACCCACACAAGCCCACUCCGUGCACCGUGAACUAUUUCUGCUAAGUAUGAUUCCGGACCGUUUGCCCCGUGGUUUGUCCUGAUUGGACAGCACACAGGGGACACUACUUUUUUCAUUGAUGGUCUUGAGGGUAGUCAGUUGUAAUAGUUCCUUUUCAGAAAGGGGAGCUAAACAAAGGAAGGACAUUGACACAACCUCCCCACAAUGUUCACUCAGACCAGCAAGUCGGUUUUGGUGUUAGGAGCCAGUUAAGACGGUUCAUACUCACUAUACGUAUUGCAUAAAGACAGCACAGGAGCGUGUUUGACAAUCUUGAUGGUUGUCAAUCAUGCCUGCGUCUCUUGUGCGCUCAACCAAUGGACUUAGAGGUGAGUGUGAUUAAACAAUUAUAAGACAGCUGUCCCAGUGCUGGGGUCUGCUGUGGUUCAUUAGAUAAUUGCUGGGACAAGCAACCACAGUCUGACUGUCAAUUAAUUAUGCUGCAUUGCAGCAGAUGGAGACCUUCUGUCACAAGGGGGCGCACCUGAGCGAGUGAAAAGUUUACAUGAUUUUACAGAAGGAUGGAGCUUUUUUUAGUUAGUCAUAUUAAGCCUUUUAUCUGUAGUUUUUAUCAUGUUUAUGGGUCAGUGUUACCCUGCAGCACUGUGCUUUUACAGCUGUUCGAUCAAACGUUUAUCGUUAAUCUAUUUGUUUUAAUUAUGAAUUUUUACCACAAAGUAUUAUUAUCCAGCUGGGUGAAGAAAAAGCACUGACACUUGCUGCCAGUCGGUUAGACUAAAACCACUUAGUUAGUCCAGUAUGCUCACAUACACCGUCUGUACGUACCCGUGUAUCUAUAUAAUGAAGUGUAGGCAGUAUUACUUGUUCUGUAUCAACACACCCAGCGCGGCUAAAGACACAGAUAAUGCAGCGUUAUCUGCUGCCACCUAGUGGCCACAAGGGCGCACUACUUUAUUUAUGAGCAGAAGCAAAAAUGCGUUGUGCUCUGAGACAACGGCAGCACUGAACUUUUGAGGAAACGUAGCAUUCCUGAGAAGCCCUGCUAUCUGCUACACCACAGGGAGACUUUAACAACAUGCUGUCUCCUGCCACGUUUCCUGUGACAUUACUGUGGCAACCAGCUUAUAGACUUUGUGCUGCAUGUGACGACAUGUCAGAAUUAAAAUUAAAAAGUGUUUUAGUGCCAUUAAGUAUUUAUGGCUACAAUUCAUAGAAAAACAUUUAUUGCAAACUUUUUUUUUUUUUUUUUUAAUGAAGUUCAUCUACCUGAAUGUUCUCAUUGUUUUGUGUCAUUUCCUUAGCCGUCAUCUCCAGACGAUGCUUUUUAGGCAUCUGUGUUUCUGAGUAUGUUGAGCAGUGUUCUGGAUGUGAAUAGUGCACCAGGAGGGCUUGUGUCUCCUGCUCUGGUAUUGUCUGGUAUUUAGGUGCAGUCAGCCCUUUCUGAAGUGUAGGCAUAUCAGCUGUUUCCAGUAGUGUGGAAAUCAUGUGCGCACACACACACACACACACACACACACACACACACACACACGCUUGCGUGCCUUGUCCUUGCUGUGGACACAUCCUUGCUGCAGUGCAACACACCUCACACUCACACACACACACACACACACACACACACACACACACACACAGGUAUCUCUUCUGUGCUACCGUUAGCUUUCUUACUGUUUUUGAUCCCCUACUUUUUCUCACGUCUUCUUGCAGUUUUGUGAGGAUUUCUUUCAUGUAUCCUUUCACAUUAAGCACAUCUUCCCUUUUGUAAAGAUUGUUCACUCUCAUCCAUCACUGCUGAGUGCUGUGCCCUCACAACCUGGAGGAACUUGCCUAUACAACCAGGGGGUUUGGGGUCGAUGCAUUGUCACAUCUCUGAAAAUUGUGAGAUGAAAUCUCAUUUAACAAUGUUUACUGACCAAUCCUGGAAGUAUUAUAGAAGUGUAAAAACAAUGCAUUUUUCCACCAAAGAGUCCCUUAAGUAUUAUUUAUCCAUUUCUCAAUUUUCAAUCAGAUUCUUGGAGCUGUUUUUUUUUUUUUAAAUGCCAAAAACUCAAAACUGCAAUCUUCAAGUGAGGUUCAGAGGGUUUCCUCUAGCACUUCUCCAUCUUUUGUUUAUACCACAGAAGCAUCAGAGCUUGCCUACAGCAUGCAGGAGCAAAACAUGACAUCCCAACCACACAGGUCAGUCUGCUUCCUGUGCUGACAUCUUGCCUUCCCCUUGAGGCCCACAGAUCUGUACUAGGCUACAUCCAAAAGAAAAGAGAAUACCUUCUUCCCGCGUUACUUUUCACGGAGUUGCAGUGCAGCUAGUCAUCUCUGCUGUCCCCUUUAUGGGUCGGCAUGCCUGGGUUGUGGAUGAGGUCAGAGCACCUGUUUCAGAUGUACUGAACCAGCCCCACCGUCCACGUCCUGAAUGCGUUCACUCAAUGACCGGCAGUAGGUGGAUGCAGACGAACCUGUAAGCCACUAACAGGGACGGGUGUGCAUAUCCUCAGUGUUCUGCUGUGCUUCUAACCAGAGCUCCUGGUCAGUGGUGUAGUAAAUGUUUUUUUUUCUUCCCCCCCCCUUCUCUUCCUCCCCCCCAAACAUUGAUCUGUAUGUGUAAUGACAGACUGUUUUUCUCUUAUGCUAUUGUAAGAAAUAAAUGCAAUGGAGAAAAGGC